ACGCUAUGAAACUUCAUGUCGCCCGGACGACGAUAUCUGAACCUCAUUCAGUCAGUGUGCAUUCUGCCUUUGCCGAGGUAGGGUGUGUCAAAAGUUUAUCGCGGUCCAGCAAAGCGUUCACAUCGCCGUGUUAGCCUAUGACAUACAAGUAAUAUAAGGAUAUCUAAUCAUGCUACGGUGAAUAGUGUCCAAGUGGAUAUUCUAUAUUGUAAGCCAUUAACUGUUCUGGAAUCAAUAUUUUGACUGGAAAAUGAAGCGAAGUGGGCUCGAAGCGUGAAGACGCGUUCUACACAUGCAUGCUUGUCAGAUUUGAUGACGAGCAACACGAAGACUGACAAGACCAUCUCUCGCUGAGCAGCUCUACAGUCACCCCUCCUGAGCGAGAGACAAGCGAUAUACUUAGAACUUCUUCAUCGCCUACAAUUUAUUGAAAGAUUAUUAAGCCCAAACAUGUGCCAUCAUCGAACCGCUGUGGCAUUUCUUGAUAAGCGGUUUGUGAGAAGAACAUACGAAGUUUAACUGGGUCCUAGUUGUUACUACUGAGAUAUUGUUGUCGUUAUGCCUCGAAUAAGCUUGUCAGUGCAGUAGAAAUAAAGCUUUUGUGACCAUAAUUCUAAGAAAAUUUUGUGAUCAACAUCAUUUCUGAUAAAAGAUGAUUUUUUUAAUAUGCAGUGUGAACUGAAAGGCUCUUCGGAAGUGUUUGAUUUCGACCAGCCACUGAAGAAACGCGUUUUGCUCCUAUGAUCGAUCGGCAAAACUAAUCACGAAAUCACUGUACAUAUCAUAUUCUUUGUCCCUUCACUUGUAUUGGAAACCGCUGGACAAACUUUCAGCCCUUGAUUAUUAACUUUUCCCUUGUUAUUAGGAACACCAAAAUAAUUUAAAAUGGCUUUCCUAAGAACAAUACUCGUUCGUAAACGAGGAAUUUUGGUGAAAGUUUUGAUCGCAGUGCCGGCUGUGUACCUUAUAGUGACUCUAGCUCUCAUGGACCGGUCUCCUGAUAAAGACUUGAACUCCAUCGGGGCGGAGAAAUUACGCCACGAUGUCCGCAAGCCCCAGCAGCACGUUGCGGGGGCGGAUGACGGCAACCCUAUGGAGGCCGCCAGGAAUUUUUUUAUGGAUAAAAAAGAUUCACAAGCGAGCGAGGACAGAGGCCGGCUGCAAAACCAGCAUCCGAGGGUGGAAAAACUUGUCGAUAUCCCACCGAAGACGACUGAUAAAAAAGAAGAUCAUGAGAUCCACGCGCAACAGGCAGUCCUGAUGCCGCCUCAGGAUCCCAACGGUCCUGGCGAGAUGGGCAAGCCUGUCGUACUUGACAAGAAUCUCGACCCCGAGCUCAAGAAGAAAGUUGACAAGGGCUGGCAAGACAACGCCUUCAACCAGUAUGUCUCUGACAUGAUCUCCCUUCACCGAAGCCUUCCUGACCCCAGAGAUGAAUGGUGCAAGGCUCCUGACCGAUACCUGAGCAGCCUGCCCGAAACGUCGGUGAUAGUUUGUUUCCACAACGAGGCUUGGUCUGUGCUGCUGCGUACCGUCCACUCCGUGCUGGACCGGUCACCCCCGCAUCUGCUCAGAGAGAUCAUCCUUGUCGAUGAUAACUCAAACCAAGCCCACCUGAUGGAGCAGCUCGAGAACUACCUCAAGGACUACCCGAAGGUGCGGGUCGUACGUCUGCCACAGCGUGAAGGUCUGAUCAGAGCUCGUCUCAUGGGCGCCAAGCACGCGACAGCGCCCGUACUUACCUUCCUUGACUCCCACUGUGAAGCUACAACCGGUUGGCUAGAACCGCUACUGGACCGCAUAGCUCGCAAUGCCUCGGCCGUCGUUUGUCCAGUCAUUGACGUUAUUUCUGACGACACUCUUGAGUAUCACCAUAGAGACGCCUCUGGUGUCAAUGUCGGUGGUUUUGACUGGAACCUGCAGUUCAACUGGCAUGGCAUCCCGCAAAAAGAACGAGCGCGCCAUCAGCACCCAGCCGAGCCCGUCUACUCGCCCACUAUGGCCGGAGGUCUCUUCUCUAUUGACAAGCAAUUCUUCGAACGCCUCGGAACCUAUGAUUCUGGCUUUGAUAUUUGGGGUGGAGAGAAUUUAGAAUUGUCUUUUAAGACUUGGAUGUGCGGAGGUACGCUGGAAAUCGUCCCGUGUUCUCACGUUGGCCACAUUUUCCGCAAACGUUCUCCCUACAAGUGGCGUACGGGCGUCAACGUUCUUAAGAAAAACUCCAUCAGACUGGCUGAAGUUUGGCUCGAUGAAUACAAGAAGUAUUACUACGAGAGAAUUGGAUAUGAUCUGGGCAACUACGGGGACGUAAGUGACCGCAAGGCACUGCGGGAGCGGCUGGGCUGCAAGUCCUUCAAGUGGUACCUGGACAACGUGUACCCUGAGCUAUUCGUACCUGGAGAAGCCGUCGCCUCUGGAGAGGUUCGCAAUUUCGGACUGGGUGGAGGCACAUGUCUUGAUUCUCCAGCUCGUCGGGCCAACAUGCACAAAGCUGUCGGUCUCUACCCUUGCCAUAAGCAAGGCGGAAAUCAGUACUGGAUGCUGAGCAAAGAAGGAGAGAUCCGCAGAGACGAGGCUUGUCUCGACUUUGCCGGCACCGACGUCAUCCUCUACCCGUGCCACGGCUCUAAAGGAAACCAAUAUUGGGAGUACACCCCCGAGUCUCAGCACAUCGUUCACGGCAGCAGCAAGAAGUGUAUGGCCAUCAGCGCAGACCGCAAGAAGCUGCUCAUGGAGGAGUGUAGCAGCAGCGAGCCAAGACAAAACUGGAAGUUCGAGAACUACGAUGCCUCCAAGAAACUUUGAUCCAACCUUAAUCUAUACAAUUUAUAUCAAUGAACUUGUCCAUACACCAUCAACUGCUUACUGCACUAGGAUUUGUUCUCCGGAUAAACUAGCUCACCGAUAGCUCAACAUCUCGUAAGCAGUUAUCGUAAAAUAUUAGGCUCCUUGAUUUAAAUUUUUUUGCUUAAAAUCCACAAAUUUGUGAUAAGAUGGAGCUUAACGGCAUCAAUUUUUAGCCUCUGCACUGACUGAAGGAAUUAUUUCUCCCAUCAUUCCUACGAUUGUCCUGAGUCUGGCAAACUGCACAGCAACCUUUUUCUCUUAAUUAAAGCUAGAGCUUGAUAAAUUUAAUCUAACUUAAACCCCGAUGAAGUAAGCCCAGUUUUAGUUUUAUUUAACAUGACAAAAAUUUAGUUUAGCAAUACUACUUAACAAACUUCGUAAACAACAUUCCUAUGAGUUGAUUUAAGGAGGCAGAACAUGUACACUAUACAUGUUGUUUGUGACAGGCCAGUCUGGGUAUAAUUGAGGCAGAGCCUCAAACUGAUAACGGUUUCUUUCUUCUUUUUGUUUUGUUAUAUUACUUUUUUGAACUGUGUUUUUCUCGCGGUAACUGCGAUAAAUCUUCAAUUCAACAUUUCAGAUUGACGAUUAUUUGUCAAGUAUUGUGAAAUUGUUUUUAAAAAGUUGAUAGUCAACUUAAUUUUGCGCAGAGGAACAUUUUUUUCUGGAUCUAGAUUACCAAAUAUGGAUUAAAUUAACUAAAAAUGGGUAAGAAAGCCAGCAAAAUCCCGCUUCAAUACGUCACUAUUAUUAAUGUUACUCAGCAUCUUUGAAAUACACUAAAGAUGCAUUUUGCUAAUUAACCUUUUUUUACUAUAGAAUUUUGAGAAAUUCGAUACUAUAUUGAAUAGAACCCGAUUCUUUCAUAUUCAAAAUCCUGAAUCUUAUCAUUAGAUUUUGAUUAGCUGCAUAAUAAUGUACUAUGCCAUGAGUGAGCAUUUAGCACCAUAAUAGCUCGGAGUUUCUGAUCAUAGUUCUAAGAUACCAGAGGAGUUUGUUAAUAGUUACUUUUUACAGCAUUUAUUGGCAAUUGUGUGAACUUGAAGGUUGUGGCUAAGCAGUUUUAUUUUCAGUCAAUUAAUGCAUCAUUUUAAUGACUUCGCUCACGCCUUUGAUCGCUUGACUUUCAUUGAAUGGUUAUGCUUUGGAAUUUUUUAAUUACUAAGCAGUUCUUCAUUUUUUUCAAUUUUUGUGAUCUUUUGAGCGCAAAUUGAACACGCGUGGUAAGCUGUUGAAUGACUGUUAUUUGUCGUGAGUCCCAGUUAAUUUAGGCUUAAGUUUGUUGCCAGUUUCUCUCGAGUAACAGUUUUUCUCGAGCAUACGUUGCAUUUCACUGAAUGUUUCAGGUUAUUUACUUAAUCUUCUCCGUCCGCUCGCAAGUUUUCUCUCUCUCAUUUUUAUUCACACUCUAAUUAUGUUACUAUGACAUCAUGAUACUUUCCUGAUCCAGUUUCAGUGUAAACAUUCUGUUAGAUGAUAUUCCGUACAUUCCAUUUUAAGUCAUACACUAUGAGAUAAUUAAGAAUGUGCCGGCAUUAAGAGCUAUUCGCAAUGAUCGUUUCUCCAUUUGUUUUCUUCGAAAUAAUCGCGUGACCAUUUUUUCGGCAAUGUUCUAAUUUAUUUUCCUCAUAAUAGUUUGUAUUUUCCGCUCGCAGAAAUAUUCUCAAUACACAAGAUGCAUUGAGCUUAAAAUUGCUUAAAAUUUUUCGUUCGAGUUUUUUCGAAAUGCGGACCUCAAGUUUUCGUGUUGAAAAUGUGGAAUAGUCAAAAGUUUUUGUCUACGGAAAAAUUGUAAUCAAAUUGAUUUUUUGUAAUUUUUAUAAGGUGGCAACUUAAUUUACAUUCACUUCAGUUAAUCACUCAUUAACGCAAUCUAAACUCUCUAUCUUCGAAUCCUAAUUCAGGAGUCUUCAAUUAUCUAUUUGCGGUAUAUUUCGUCCCAAAGUAUUGGACGUUUGAAUGUCAAUAACAAACUCCAAAAGUCAACCAUUCAGGUCUCAAUUUUACAUCGCUGUGAAAAAAGAAAUCUUCAGAGAGCUAAGCUAUAUGAUAUUUCAAUGAAUAGCUAUGGUGCUCAUUUCACUGUCAUCACUAUUCUGAAACUUGGGUGGUAUAAUUCUAAUUAAUACAUUAUGUCAAAUUCCUUCAGCUUCUAUCAAAAAUUAUAUUUGCAAUGUACCAACAAUAUCCCAUUGCAUCCACAGCCGAUGUGAGUUCUUGUAAAUUAAAGUUCCACUACAUAUCAAUGUAAGUCUUGUCCACGUCUUGCGAAUACGUGAAGACUCCGUAGAUCAUUAAUUUGGGUCUUUCUUAUUGCUUACUUAAUUAGCAUAGAUUAUAUAAUGUUGAGGAUAUUUUUAAUUGGACUUGUUAUGAGAGUGGUAAGUAAUUGUAUUUACUACUGAAGGGCAUCAGUAACUAAGGUUAUUUUGAUUACCUUUGGAAGUGGUGUCAUUCCUAGACCACAUAUGAAAAUAAUUGAUGUAAACAACAUCAGUAGAAACCCCCUUUUUAAAAUUCAAUUCGUUGAAAUUAUCUUCAAAUUCUUGAAAAAAACAGUCAAGGUUUAUGAAGCGUUACUUAAACCAGGUGAAACUUUAAUUUUGCUAACCAAGUUGUAAGAUAAAAUUGUUUUGUCAACUCGUGCUUCUGGUUCACGUUUUCUGCGUAUGGUGAUGCCCGUGUGUUGGAUUUAGGUAUACAUUUGUAAAUAGUUUUUUAUUGAGGUUUUUGUACAUGAUGUUGCUAUUGAAUUUGUUUCGCGGAGUCGCCUCGAUAGGUCAUAAUAAGCGACAUACAUCGCUUAUAUGGUCGACCUCGCAGCGAAUCCGCGGUUUGAGUGUUGCGUAAAGCUAUUUAUUAAUCAAUUAAUAAGUGCAGAAAUGAUUCUUAAGAUUUAAAAAAAGUCUGAACAUACCAAGUAUGGUGAUAAUGAUCGAAAUUAGGUUCGUCUUACAUAUCAGAAGCACAAUAGAUUAAAUAUAAAAUCAAUUUAUUCGGAUAACGUGAGAAUUUGAUCUCAUUCUUUGAUUAUAAAUCGGAAAUUGCUUCAGUUGAAAGUUUGUUCAAUAAUUUGAUAUAAGUGCGUCAUACUCCAUCUGUAUUAGGGCUAUAUAAUAUAUAUAUUUUUAGCAAGGAAUUCCAUUGCGUAUAAGAGUUCAAUAGUUUCUGUAUGCAUUUGUGCAUACAGAAUAUCAUGUGCACUUAGACAUUCCAAUUAAUGUCCGCGACAUCGAGGAACAUUUCUCAUAAUGAAGUUUAAUCUGUUAUUCAUUGUUAUUUUAUCAUAUCUACAUUCCAUAUUAGUUUGUAUUCCAUAUGCUGUCCUGCCCUGAACACAGCUGGGUACACCCAACACUCUUGGCUAAUGACGAGACGAUGUGUCAAUUGAAUGAAUACAUGACAUGAAUAUAUGAUAUUCAUUUUGAAAGUUAAAAACAAUAUCAUGUGAAUGCUUAAAUCAAUUGGAUCAUUGAAAAUUUAACCUAAUGUUAUCAUAUCUGCUAGCGUUUUAGAUAUUCAAGGAUCUUCUCUCAAAUUUUACUUAAAUUUUCUUGUCGAACAUUAAUUAAUCGUAGUAAAAGUCGCAUAUGUUGUUAGAUAUUUGUAAAAUAUUACGCAAUUCCUUUAUUCAAGCAUUCCAGAACGCGGAACUCCAAUGGCGUUUUUAGUUUAGUUAUUUUGCCUUUAGUUUUUUAAUUCAAUCUGUCGAAAAUUUUGUGUGAUAAAAAUCACUAAAUUUCUGUGCAUGUAGUUGAAUCGCAUGCGAGCGAAGUUGCUUGUAUUCUAUAACUAUCUUCUACUUGGAAAAGUAAUAAAUGAUACUAAAACAUUUACUUUCAAAAAACAGAGAAAUGAUUAAGUUAUUUGAUACUUGAAUGAUAAAUAAUUCUAGCAUUUAGUACGAGAGAAUUUUGUAACAAUUUGGCAAGCAAUUGAUUGAAUCGCUGGUUUCUUCUAACAUCUGCUUCAUAAGUAAGUCAUCUUUGAAUAUUUAUUCGAUUCCAUAUGUCUCACAGAAAUCGAUUCAUAUUUGAAUCGCCUCUAUUCGUUUCAACGUCUUAAUUAUGUAGAAAAAUUAUCAGUUCAUGACAAGUUUCCGUUAUAAUUACUGGAGAAAACUAAUUUAAGAUGGGAGCGGCGACAGCUCGGUUGAGUGAUUCCUCAAGGGUGCCUUAAAUAAAAUAAGAUGAAAUUUA